ACAGUGAAGAUGAUCAAGGGAGGAGAACUGCAGCUUCCCUCGGUCGUGCUGUGCAACAGACACCUCUUCUCAAGGUGGAAGCUCCAAGCCCUUAACAUCACCCCUGAGGUCACUAACUACUUGAUCGCCAUCACUGGUUCUGCCUUCCUCCUACGUCAAGACUUCCUCUUCACCGCUGCUGGACGUCAGUUCCUCACUGACUCACACAGUCAACUCCUCUCCAUCAUGAGUACUCACAACUUGACCCACAGCCAACUCAUUGAUGCCAUCUCUUACAGGUGUGAGGAGCUGGUGCUACGGUGUGGCGUGGGCACCAUCAAGAUGGACACGGAGGAGUGUUGCAUGGGCUUCGUGGUCACCCCCACCAUGGCUGGCAAGUGCUACACUUACUUUGCCGCUGCCAACCACACCCAGGCAAUGGAGGGGGAGUACCUGGGUGUCUCUCUCUAUAUCAACGUCACCCAGGACGAUCAUCCAGAGAUAAACCCAGAGAUUCUGGACGUGUCACAGAUGGUGAAGACGGGACUCCAGAUGACUCUAGUGAGCAACCACACACACCCAGCCUUUGUAGCAGUGGGUCAAGGUGUUCCGCUCCUCCCCGGUGUCUACACGGCAGUCGACGUCUCUCUUACUGUGGUGCGGGACGUGGGCAUCAAGACAGUGUUUGACUGGUCAGAGACUGAGUGUAUACCACUAGAGAAAGUUAACUACAGAUUGGACACUGAAAAUUUCCUCAAUACUGAACCAAACUGUGAUGUUGGGGCUUCACGACUGUGCUUUAAGCAUAUCUGCAACUGUAGUACCUAUGGACUGGAUAACUCAGUGGAUAGCUGGAAUCCAUGCUCACUGAAUAUAAAUUUCCAGUGCUUUAGCAUAAUGCUUAAUGCCAUGAAUGUCACUCCUCCACAUAAUGCCUACAGCACCAGUAUUCAAGAGGACAGUCAGCUGAACUUUACUCUGGCAGACCAAUGCUGGAACGAAGCGAAGAACGGAUGUCGGCGUCCAUGUUCCCGUUAUGACUACAUGUAUACCAGUACCCACCUGCCCAUCCAGACUUACCUUUACCAGGACCUGCGUAACCAGUUCUCCCUCCAAAAUGGGAGUGAUGUGGCAGUGGCUGUGGCGUUUUUCCCCGUGGUGUAA